AUGCUGUUUUCGCGCUUCUGGGCCCAGCUCACCCAAUAUGCCUCAGCCCUGCCGAGCCUACCUCUGACCGGCCAACAAGUUCCAUCCUCUGCACCUAACUUUCCGGAGUUUGCCUUUUCAGACCAAUGGCAGAUAUUGGGUCCUUUUCAAUUAGGGACUAGGGAGGCGCCAUGGAGUUCCGACCCUCUCGAACUGUACGGUGGCUUCCAUUCUCUCGAAUACGACGUUGAUGCAAAGUUUCGAAGCGCGCUGGCCUUUAAUGGAAGCAUUUCCUGGUUGAAUCACACCGCCAAGCUCUCCGAUCCAGACCCUUAUUAUUCUCAAGUCAACCUGGAUGUCGACUUCCUCCCCAGCAUCGAUUGGCCAUUUUUGCAGGAUGUCUACGGCUGGGCUGGCCACCAAUGGCUCGGCUGGGCUCGUGGCGAGAUUUUCGUUCAGUCUAAAGAACCCAAGACCCUGAUUCUGGAUUUUCGAAACGUCGUCGAGUACUGGGUCGACGACCUGCGCUUCGUCGGUGGCGACUUCUACGGCUACGGACGAGCGCCCCUGACGCUGCAUCUGGAACCCGGCAUCCACAGAGUCGAUGUGAAGCUUGUUGGAGACGUGCGAUCUGCAGGUGGCAUUGGUUCGCCAACCGUUGAUGUUGGAUUGAUAUUGCGAGAAUCUCUUCCGGGCUUGUCUAUGUUGAAAAAUGGCAACGAGGAUAUACUCAUGGCAGACGUCAUCGGCGACCACUUCGGCCCCCUGACGAGCCCAUAUAUGUCGGUCACGGUUCGGAACGAUGCCAUGCAUGAUGUGUACGUGCAUGGCAUUGAAGGCAUGGAGGAUGUGUGCAAGAUCGAAUUGAUUGCAGACUCUCCGAUCAAGCUCGUCUCCACCCAGACCCGACCGAUCAAUUUCCGCAUUGCAUGCAUUCCAUCUUACAACCGACGGCUGAUACUGCACAUCAAGUGGACGUUCGAGGGUGAAAAGCAGCAACGAUCGCUGUUUCUUGCCGGCCGACCAAAGGUCCAUCCGGAAAUCGCUCCAUCGCACAGAUUCACUUUCCUCCACCCAAGCGGCAUUGUAUCUUGGGCGAUUUUGAGGCCACCGUCAGUUCACGCAUCCUGUGGAGGCGCAAAUGCAUCUCUUCCCGUUAUGCUUUCUUUGCACGGCGCUGGCGUCAAUGCGAACGACGACCCUCUUGUCCACAUGUACGACCCGCUGCCUGAUCUAUGUACAUGGCUGCUGUUGCCACAAGGUACAACGUCUUGGGCUGGCGAUGAUUGGCACAAUUGGGGUUUCGCUGAUGUCGAAGCCGCCAUCGCGGCAAUACCGGACUGGAUUGAGCAGGUGGAAUGGCAAGGCCCCGGCGUCGAUAUCGAUCGAUGGCUCGUGACUGGCCACUCAAAUGGAGGCCAAGGAGUUUGGUACGCGCUCUCGCAUCGGCCAGACAAGAUCAUUGCCGCUGCAGCCCUCUCUGGCUACUCAUCCAUCCAAAACUACGUACCUUAUACGUCGUGGCGAACGGCGGAUCCAGCUAAGGAGGGCAUUCUGCAGGCUGCUUUGUCUACAUACCGCCAUGAUCUGCUGAUGGAAAACGCCAAAGACAUUCCCGUCCUCAUUCAGCACGGCAGCAAAGACACCAAUGUUCCCGCAUAUCACUCUCGCCUGAUGGAUCUGCGGCUCUUCGAAGCUGGCGGCGACAGCAGGUAUUUUGAAAUCCCCGACGAACCUCAUUAUUGGGAUGGUGUGGGAACCACCAAGCCGCUGAGGUACUUCUUACGGCGAUUUCUUAAUGUCCCGACCGAUGAAGAUCGUGCGAACCCGAGCCAGCUACGCUCCUUUACCAUUGUAGUUGCCGACCCGGGAGAUAUGGGGCCGAAGAAUGGCGUUCAGGUCCAGCAGCUGGAAUCGCCUGGCCAGCUCGGCAAGAUGAAGUUCACGUUCGACCCGCUGACGUGGGCGUGCGUGUUUCACACUACCAACGUGCGAAGCUUCUCCCUACCUCAUCCAUUCGACAUUUGUGAUGCUCUCAUCAUUGAUCGGCAGGCGAUGAACAUCAAGUUCACGACCACUCAAAACGAACGCCUGGUGCGCCGCAAAGGCAUGUGGAUGGUUGAGAACGAAGAUGAGAGCGUCAACUCCGGAAAACUACAGCGACAAGGCCGACAGCUGGGCCAGCUGGAUUCCAUUCUGCGGACGCAUGGUGCAUUUCAAAUCGUGCGACAUUCAAAUGGCACCCAGCACGUCGCGCUACAAAUAUCCCGCAAUCUGGCACAAUACUUCGCCGGUGACACGGUAGUGACGGAUGAUUAUGCCGAAGCACUUGCAUCGACUGGAAACGUCAUCAGCGUAGCCAUCGGCGAUAGUCUUCCACCCGGAAUGGCGAAGGACUUUGCCAUUCAAAUCGGGCAUGACUCUCUCAGCAUCUUCGACCACGGCGUCGAGCACCGCUACUGGCCUACAGCAUCGCAACGACUCGCCGCCAUUUUCUUGCGUCCUUUGCCUGAUGAACGCCUCGAGCUGGUGGUGUGGGGCUUGAAUCCGGAGUCUCUCGAUGUUGCUGUGCGGCUGGUACCUAUCAUGACGGGCAGCGGGCAGCCGGAUUGGGUGGUAAUGGACGAGACUAUGAUGUGGAAGGGGGUGGACGGGACGCUUGCCAUGGGCUUCUUCGAUGCGGAUUGGCAGAUUUCGAGGCAUUCUUACUUUGUUUGA